AUUUUCCGGAUUAUGUGAUCCAGUAAGGCCAGACUGCGUAGAUUUGUUGUGCUGUUAUGUUUGCUAAACCAUCCGAUCGGUUUUAUAAGCGUGUUUUUAUUAUUGCGUUGUUCGUUGUUUACGAUUCGUUUCGUCGCCGAUUUUUUUUAAUACCGUAGACCAGCUUGAUAAAAGCGGAUAGUUUAAUAAGCACCUGGUGAAAAUGGCUGGACGUGUUCGCCUUUAAGUGUUUUGAAGACUUAUUUCCGUGUACGAGGAAGUGGUGGGUCGCCGUAGGGAAAAACGCACAGGCACCGCGAUCUCUGCGUUUUACAGACGCCAUCGUGCUGUUUUCAUGCACCUUUACAGCUCGACAGUCUCGUGCGAUUCAUGUUUUACACCAUUCAGUUCAUAUUAAUGCAUUGGAGGUACGCGGAGUCAGUUGUUGGGCGGUUAUUUUAAUGUCCUCCUGUGUAUUUCCCGACCUAGUUCUGGAGUACAAAUGACAAAACACCUUUUAACGGGACCCGAAAGGCAUAGAGCAAUUCGAGAUUCACUCCUGUUCAGAUUUCAGAAAGCGUCCGGAAGAUCAGGGUCUAUGUAGAGUGUGUGUGUCAUAUAUAUAUAUAAUGUGUGUGACAGUGUGAAGUAUAGAAGCGGGUUGCGGGCAUAGAGGAAUAUUGCAUUAGUUGAAUCAGGUGAUCAUUUUCAGUGUGGGAAAACAUAUUAUUUUUCCCUUAUAUUAUCUUUGACGUGAACUUGAAAGGGGGUGUGUGUGUACAUACAUACAUACAUACAUACAUACAUCAACUGCUGACAGUUGGGGGGUGUGGUGCUGGUGAGGAGGUUCCUGUAUGAAUUUAUGUACAUAUUUAGGUUAUUUUUUUUUCUGAAGAUUUACUUGUACACUCUGCUGUGGACCGAUUGGGUUUCUGCUGUUUCCCAGCCUGAUACUACCCUGGCUCGCCCCCGCCGUGUGAUCGUAAGGGCCCGGAGCUUGGUGGGGCAGGAAAACGUCUUUGGUACAAGAGCUGGGCCUCUGUGACGCAGGCACACAUGACUGGUCAUGUGGAGAAAUAAAGAAAAGGAGUGUGUGUGUGUGUGUGUGUGUGUGUGUGUGUGUGUGUGUGUGUGUGUGUGUGUGUGUGUGUGUGGAGGCAUCCCUGCUUCUUCAGAAGGGAAUUCACAGGAAAACCAAUAAGGCACAAACUGGACACCAUGCUAAAGCCUUUCCAUUCGGAAGCUACCCAUUGCUUAAAAUGUUUCGUUUUUGCUUCCCAUUAAGUGUGUUUCCGCGGAGAACAUCUCUGGCUAACAUCGCACGAUAUUCAACACCAUCGCAGACGACGGCAUUUGAAAAAGUUCGUGCUUUUAUGCGGAGGGGCGAAAAAGCUGAGACACUAUUCUCAAAUUCUAAAUUGUUAAUUUAGUGUUCUUGUCCGACACAUUUUGCUCUCUGCUUAGCCGGGCCGGGUGCCGGCGAUUAAUGUGCUGGGGACUCUGCCGUUGCUGUAAAAUCGAGUAACAGUUGGAGCCCUUCAGCUGAAGGGCCAGGCUGCCGUGCCAUCGCACGUCUUUUGUGAUGGGGGUCGUGCCGUUUUUGUGAAAUUAACCUCAACGCAGUGUGGAUGGCUGUGGGACUCAUGCAGCAUAUUGUUAAGCUAAGCAAAGGCCACGUCAGGCAUCUUUUGGAUGUUUAUUUAUUUUUUUGUUUUUAGCACAUUUUUCUCAACCCAAAUGUGAGCUUUUGGAGUUGAGUUGAAGAACAGUCCAUUCUCAGGGGAAGGAGUCCCCCUCCCCAUCAGUGAAUUGUUUAUUCCUAAUUGGCUUCUUGUUAUGCUGACAGAUGAGGUUAAUUGUCUGUUUUGGGAUAUUAAUUUGGUAAAAUCUGAGGUGUGAGUACAUUAUAUUGUAUGUUUAAUGCCCCAAAGGUGGGAUGUGUAAACUGUCCUUUUGGGUAUCAUCUUGCAUUUAUGUUAGAAUUAAAAUGUAAUUCUUUAAUAACCACCUUUUAUAGUACUUUUUUAAAUCUGUAGAGUUAGUAAAUGUGUCCUGUUCCGUAUUUAUAUGGAGGGAAGCUUUUGUGAGAUUUACCUAAAAGUUAAUUCUUCAUAUUUGGAUGAGUGUUUGUAAUGUCUGGUUUUGUGACAUGAAAUGUAGCUGCUAGUUUCAUACAAGUGUGUUGGGUGCAAUCGCACAGAAUUCUGGUGACCAUUUGCCCUGUCACCUUGACUGCUUUCUACCUGUUCAUAUCGCCAGCGAUUUGUGGAUGACCAAGGAUUGUAGGCCAGAGUUAGUCGAUCCCAAACUUAUAAUAGAAGUGUAACACUUCUAUUAUUUCCUUUAAAAAAUGGGGUGCCAUAAGGAAUAGCUCUGAGUGAAUUUGGAAGAAUUUUGUUUGAUUUUUCUACCCCCAGAGUGUUUGUAUCUUUACACAAUUUCGAGGCACAAUUCAGAACAAAAAUGCCUCUUGUUGAUGUCAGAGAAUAAAAUGUUUUUGUUAAACAAACAUCCACUUCUCUGUACAAGGUGUGUGCGCAAUACAAUACAGGAUAUUAUCUGGUUGUGAACAAUAGGAACUUAAUAUCGCUUUUUUUGGGUGGAAUUUCCCUUUAAGUGACUUUUGCACCAAGGCUGCACUGUUGCUGCACUGUUGCUGCAGUGCUGUUGUAGUAACUGUAAUGCCCUGGUUUCUUCCUUACAUGCCACUUCAUAACAGGUGUCACUUUGCAAGCUGAUCUCUCAGACAUACAUUUUGGGUGGCUUGUGGUUAAUCAAACUGGCAGUUUAUGUAAUAUUCAUGUUUUUAUAGCAGGUGGUGAGAGGACUAAAAUCUGCAUGUACCUGCAUGGUGGGUCUGUGUGUUUUUUUUUUUUCCAACCGGGGCAGUGUACAUUAUGGGAUGGCACGAAGCCAGCAAGGACCUGGAAGUCUAUAUAGGGAAGGCCUCCAGCUUCCAUCGGCUCGAGAUGGAAGCCGCCUUUCUACAGCUACUGUUCUGGAGACCCCUGCGGUUGUUGAAAGUAAAUUUGGAUUAUUUGGAAGGGAGUCUCUGGUUUUUAAAUCCCCUUUUGGCAACUUGAGCUCUGGUGAUUGGGGUGUUGUCCUACUGGAAGACGCCCCACCCAUACUGGGAGAUCUAGCCUUUGUCUGUGGAGUUCUUGAAGUGUCAAACCUCUGCGUGAGGAUUUUGUAGUGACCUGUGUGUCCCGUUUGCAGUAUCCGACCCUGUGAGGCUCCCCCGUUUGCUUCUGUUGAUAAAGAUGCGUACAGCUCCCACCAUGAUCUAUACAUGCUCCCAUUUCAGAACUUGUCCUCCCCUCCUGUAUACUUUCUGAUGAUGCCUUCAAGGCCUUUUUAAGUAGGGCUUUUUCGGGGAUGCUGUUUCCCGUCCUGUUGAGUCACAAGGUCUUGGUUUUCCAGCCAAGCUGGCUCUUAAUAAAUGACACGAUGGCUCGGUCGGGUGGCCCGACGUCGUGUGCUGUCUGUGCGUCUUAGCAGGCAUCCGUAUGUAAGUCUAAGCCCGUAAUACUUUCUGUUCUGCCGUGUCACCCAUUCGGUGAAGCUUAGAUCGAGUACAAGUGUGUUCACUCACUCGCAAGGAACUCAGGAGAGAUCUUGGCCUUUUGGUAAACGUGAGGAGCACCUUUUCUCAUGCCAUAGGAAUGACGUGUACUCAUCUAUGAUACGAAAGCCUGAUCGCUGAUUGGAUCCAUGGUCAUUAAUAAAAAAAGCCAUAUAUGUCUUGGAACAUUUUACAGGUUGCUUGGUUGCAGGUUCAUAAGUUAACAGAAUGAAGUAAAAUUGGAAUAGUUGCAUGAACAUAACUUAUGGAUCCAGCUAAUUUCUGUGAUUGUCCAGUCUUGGUUAUGAAGAUCCAUAGUUGAUAACAGACCAGGUAUGCGAUGGACUGGACAUCAGACUGAGCAACACUGUACUGAUGUAAACUUCCUUGCUUGCAUCAUGUUUAUCUUUGGUUUGCAGUUUCAGAAGCAGAUUCUAUGGCAGCCUCAUGGAGAUGUUUGGCAGUAACGCUGCAUGCGGUCCCACGUGCCAAAGAUCUUGGGGAGCUUUAAAAAAACAUUUAUUACAGCAGCAGCGAUGGGGUGCAUCACCGCAAAGUCAAAUGGGGCUGGAGAGUCGGGAAAGAGCACUAUAGUGAAACAGAUGCGGAUCCUGCAUGUCAACGGCUUCAACCCAGAAGAGAAAAAACAGAAAAUUCAGGAUAUUAAAAAUAACAUUAAAGAAGCUAUAGAGACCAUUGUGGCUGCCAUGAACACAUUGGCGCCGCCAGUCCUGCUCGCCUGUCAGGAGAACCAGUUUCGGAUCGAGUACAUCCUCAACUUAGCGAAUCAGAAGGACUUUGAGUUUCCCUCUGAGUUCUACGAGCAUACGAAGUGCCUGUGGCAGGAUGAGGGUGUGCGAGCCUGCUUCGAGAGGUCAAACGAGUACCAGCUGAUAGACUGCGCACAGUACUUUUUAGACAAGAUCGACAUUGUGAAGCAGUCCGACUACACUCCCUCUGAUCAGGACCUGCUGAGAUGCCGAGUUCUGACUUCGGGGAUUUUCGAGACAAGAUUUCAGGUGGACAAAGUCAAUUUCCACAUGUUUGACGUGGGGGGGCAGAGGGAUGAGCGGAGAAAGUGGAUUCAGUGUUUUAAUGAUGUCACAGCCAUUAUCUUUGUGGUGGCCAGCAGCAGCUAUAACAUGGUCAUCCGGGAAGACAAUCAGACCAACCGCCUUCAGGAGGCUCUCAACUUGUUCAAAAACAUUUGGAACAACAGGUGGCUACGGACCAUUUCUGUCAUCCUCUUCCUCAACAAGCAGGACCUACUGGCCGAGAAGGUUUUGGCAGCCAAAUCGAAAAUCGAGGACUAUUUCCCAGAGUUUGCGCGAUACAUAACCCCAGAUGAUGCAUCACCUGAACCAGGGGAGGAUCCACGAGUUACCAGGGCAAAGUAUUUCAUCCGAGACGAGUUCCUGAGGAUCAGCACAGCCAGUGGGGACGGGAGGCACUACUGCUACCCACACUUCACCUGCGCCGUGGACACAGAGAACAUCCGCCGCGUCUUCAACGACUGCCGGGACAUCAUCCAGCGGAUGCACCUGCGGCAGUACGAGCUCUUGUGAUGGGAGCAGGGUGGGGAAAGACAGGCUCUGCCUCCAGACAGCCCCCCCCCCCGCCCCGCCGCCCUAACCUUCCCGCCCCCCUCCCUUCCUCAUUCUGUGCUCUCCCGAGGACGACUUUUCUUGAAGUUUCAAUAAAGUCAAAUACGGCCCCAUUUAAAUAGACUUGAACAUGCAGCAACCAUGAAAAUGAGAGAGAAAGAGACAAAAGCCAGAACUGCAGAACUCCAAGCACUUUCCCCACUGCGCUCAGGACUGUAACACACACACACACACACACACACACACACACACACACACACAGCGGUACUCUAAACCCUAUUCUUUCCCCUGCAAGGAACCUUCUGGCCACAAAACCCCACAUUUCCCCUCAGUCAGCACCCAGCUUUGUGGGGCUCAUAAAAACUGUCACACAUGCAACGCUCUGACACACACACACACACACACACACACACACACACCGGCUUUCAUUCUGUCCUGACAGGCCUAGGCCGCUGUCUGGCCGGCCGGCUCCUCUUGCUCCGCACUCCCCGAGACGGCCGCCACUGCCAGGAGGAGUCCCACAGCAUGAAUAGGAGGAUGGGCAGGAGCGUAAAGCCUUUGGGGGGAGGACAGCAGGCCGGGGCUUCAGCGCAUCGCCAGCAGAGGAGGCGGCGGCAUGGACACCGCGUAUAACCCAAAUACACGCAGUGCAAAAAAAUAAUAAAAAAACCAACAAAAAAAUUUACGAUAUAGAUAUUUAUGUGUGUAUAAAUAUGUAUGUAUUUUAUAUAUAUAUAUAAAAUAUAUAUAUAUAUAAAAUAUAAAUUUAUUUUCCUGUAAGUCAGCCCUUGUGUCCCUCUGCACCCCCCCAAGUUGCUGGUGUACACUGUGUGUGCUGUGUCCAGCUGUGCACCACUCAGCCACCCUUACCCCCCCGCAGCCCCCCGUACUUUGCUACUAAACUACAUUGUCCACCUCUCCCCUCUUGGCCAUAUGAAGUGUUUGUUUUUUUUAAUUAUUUUUAUUUUGGGAGGCUUUAACAACAGUUGAUAAAUGAGGAAAAAAAUGUAACGUGAGACAGACCAAUCGGACGGUCGCCUGGACACACACAGACCCCUCCCUCAUCCCGGCUUUCAGUAUGUCUGUCUAUAUUUUACUGCUGGACUAUUACUCUUGUACAGACUGUAAAAUGUAUUAUUUUGUACAACUUUAUUGAGAAAAAAACAGAACUUGUAGAAGAUUCCUGUGCCUUGAUCACGACUGUACGUGUUAAAUGAUGAGCUAAGAUGUUAAGGUUUGUUUCACUGCGCUGUACAGCUGAGCCGCCCCCCACCCCCACCACACACUGCGUUGUUCACUCCCUGGGGGAGAGGGGAGCCCGUUGUCCAUAGCUUAGGUUCCCCCCCCCCCUCCCCUGUUUGUUCAUUAUUUUCUUUUUUUUCUUCCUUUCUUCCCAACCCUCUUUAUAAUAGGAUGAAGAUGAAUUUAUUUAUAUAUAUAUACAUAAAAUAAACGUGUGUGUGUGUGUAUAUAUAUAAAUUAAGUUUUUAUUCCCCCCGCCCCCCCAGACCAGCCUACAUUUUGGAGAAGCUAAAGUGGGUGCAAUGGGAGGGGUUUCUUUUUCAUUUCCGACUUUUUUUUUUUUUUUUUAAAGGAGCAGGAAAAAAAAACUAAAUGCAAAAACAUUUAUCACUAGUUUUUUCUUUUUAUUAUACAAGAGAAAAAAAAUGGUAUCAGUGUUCUGGGUCAUUCCUUGUACUGCUCUGCAGGGAUUGGGGGGGGGUGUUUGCUGCAGAUGAUCCCAGCAGGCCUUUGUAACCCUAGCCCCCUCCCACCCCGACCUGUCUGGCCAACCUGGUGUACAAACUCUUUGGCUGCAUGUGCGUUUAACAUUUAUUUUUAAAUGUUCCAAUGCUCCUCCUUGUCAUACUUUAAUAAUGAGAGCAGAGAAACUCAUUACCCUACCGACCCCCCCCCCAUCAACCCCCCCAGACCCCAGGUUGUUAAAAUGUCGUUGAGUCGUGGUACUGUGGGAAAUGGGAAGUGGCUUUACAAGAGUUUGGAUUUCCAUUCAUUUUAGUUUUCAGUUUUUUUUUUAUUAUGUUUUCAAGUUAAACUCGCUGCAGCAAUAAGUGAGUGUAAUUUUAGUACCAAAAACCAUCUGGUUUUCUACAUUUUUACAUUGAAUGUUUUCGGUGUAUGUUGCUCUUUCCAUGUGUCUGCUUCCCUCCCCCCUCCCCCGGACAUUUUGUACAAAGAUUUCAAUUACAGCUGUGAAGGCGGAGUCCAGUACUGUGUGAGUGACACAUGCCGUGGGGUCGAGGACGGCUCACGCAUAGGACACUGUUUCGAGCUCUUUCUGUACAGUGGGGGUGAGGGGGGGCUGAAUUACAGCAAUGGGAGGGCCGGGACUUAAGUGUGUCGUCCCGGUCACAUUAAACACAUUACGCCAGCCCAGCUGGUGCGAUCUGUUAAUCCUCUGCAAAA